CAGAGGGCAGGCGGGGUGACACGGACGAGAGUGGAAAAGUCCGCAGGAGAGCGUAGGAGGUGAAGACGAAGAUAAGAUAAGCGUGUCUUUGAGAUCGGCCCUGAGUCCGGGAAGACGGUGAAGCCUGAACUCGCCGCUUCCCGGAACACCGAACGGGAACUGCCCUGCUGCUAACCCAGUUAUUUGUAUUCGGUUCAGGACCGCCGAGUUACUUCUCUGAUUGUGUCUUGCACAGGCUGACAUUAAAAUCUAGUUUCAUUCUGCCGAACUCGGGAACGGCGAACGCGAGGCAUGGAGAUCCAGGAGAAACGACCGCAAAAUUAGCAUCCUAGUAGAGAAGCUCUGGAAUAGGAGACUGAUAUUCUACCCAGAAUGGAAGUGUGUCCUUAUUGUAAGAAACAAUUUAAACGAGUAAAAUCCCACUUGCCAUACUGUAAGAUGAUAGGACCAACUCUACCUGCUGAUCAAAAUGUUUGUCAGUCCAAGCAGGCUACACUCUCACGUGCUAAGAAAAUGAAAAGUCCGAUCAAAGACUUGAAUAAAGCUAAAGAGACAGAGUUGGUGACAAAGAGUGAGAAAAGAAAUGCUAAGUUGAUAAAGGACAAACCAGAACAGACAACUGAGUCCUUCCCACUACCAGCUAUUGGUGUGGAAAGAGCAAGUAAUGCAAAGGCAGAUAAACACAUCAAAAAUCAAAUUCAACUCUCCCUCAAAAUGUUGAAAAAUCCUGAACCAAAGAUUACUUCCCAAGGAGAAACUAAGGCUCAGUUUUAUGCAUCAAAGAACACUACUCCUAAAAGAGAACUUGCCAAAGAUUUGCCUAAAUCAGGGGAAAGUAGAAGUAAUCCUUCAGAAACCAAAGAAUCUUUACCUUUUGGCCCAAUGGAACCUUCUUUGUCAAAUCAAGAUAGGACAUACUCUUCAGCCUUACCUAAUGAUGUACAAACCACUUAUGCUAAUUUAAAAUUGGACAAAAUUGAUCCCUCAAGACAGAAGCUUCCAGUAACAUUACUAGCUGUGCCUAUUGGUGAUUAUCAUAGUUCUCCCAGAAAUCUCAAUGAUGGGGAUAAAAGAGUAAGAACUUCGUUUUUAAGUGAUGAGAGAGAUUCCAAGGCCAGGGAUCACCUUUCAGAAGUCUCUACUGGGGUUAGAGACCCUGAGAAUCAGGAAAAGAACAGGGAAUCACAAAUUUCAGGUUUUCAAGUUAGCCCAUUAGGUAAAAUCCAAGUCGAGAAGAACCAAGGAGAAGGACUUAACCUUGGAGUAGAGGCAUGUGGGAACAAAGGACAUGCAGAGGAAAGUGUAUCUGUAACAGAAAUGCAAGAAUGCUCUUCCAUGAGCGACAACUCGAAGAACUUCAGUACCGAUGAUUCAGCCACAGAGAAGAAAUCUCGAGAUGAAGGUCCCAGUUUAAAUUUGUUCACGCCAAGGGACACAACUUGGAAUGAGUUUCUUUCUGUGUCACAGUCACGUAAUCAAAGUCUUGCCUCUCUGGCUAUGAAAUUUCUUCAAGAAGAGAAAGCAGCAGCCUGCAAUCGUAAUCGAGUCCCUGAUAUAAAGGCAUUGAUGGAGAGCGAGGAACAAGCUUCUCUGCAGCCCCCAUCUGGCUAUCAGCCCCAAGCCUCACACCCUGGCUGCCAGCCGUCUUUACCUUCACCCCAGCGUCAGACUUCGAAAAGCCCCUUCACCCAUCAGGUGGAUGUUCCUGACAAGAAGGCCCUUCCCGGCUCCCUGGGGCUGGAGUGGUUUCCAGAGCUCUAUCCUGGUUAUCUUGGAUUAGGGGUGUUGCCAGGAAAGCCUCGGGAUUGGAAUUCAAUGGCCCAGAAGCCCCAGCUCAUCAGUCCCCAGGGGGAAAGACUUUCACAAGUUCCUUUGUUGGGAAGAAGUUUGACUGCUCUGAGGAGUUGGGAACCACCAGCAACCUCCACCGUCUCUCUAAUGAGGCUCUUGGGAGCUGUGCAAAAAGGAUGGAUCAGGUGCGGCGCCAGAGUUGGUGGCAUCACGAUGCUCGUCACCGGGUACUUCGUUCUUUGUUGUAGCUGGAGCUUCAGGCACCUGAGGCUGCAGCGCUGGCGCAAGUAGUCAUGACCUGACACCACUCAGGAACGCUCUGGAACUCAAGUGCGGAGGAGACGACUGCUGCAGUAGAUGUUUAACAAUUUCAAGUUGUGCUGGGGGCAGGAAAGGGGAGUGAGAAGAAUAAAUUAUUUACAGCAGUUAUUUAGGAAGCAUCGUUUUUUAAUGUGGACAUACCUGGUUCUGUCUGGAUAUUUCUCUGACUUGCUCUCAAAAGUGACUGAAGGUUACUGAAAAGCAUCAGUUUGUUUAAUCGUAAAGGCUGAUGUUAUUCAAGGAGACAUGAAGAUGACAAAGUUUAUCAUUAAAAUUUUUAAAUUUCAAUUUUCCAAUUCUCAGUAAAAACUAAUAUCUCAAUUUUAAAUUUCUCCCUAAAAUACUCUAAAUCUUGGCAUUUUACUAUGUUAUUCAUCUAUACUAGAUACUGAGGUACGUAUGUACUGAUACAAAAUAAUAUCUGAAUUGGCAGAAAAUCAGCAUACAUCAGGCCCGUCCCCUUGGGAAUGGUUAGGCUCUUUUGGGUCCUCACCCAGAUCUUAGCUGGUGUGGAAGACGAAAAAGCAAAGGAGGGCGGGUAAAGAGUUGCUGGUCAGCCUAUGCAGCAUCCUUACGUAUUUUUUAAGCGGAUUAAAAUAAAAUAGCACACGAAACAAUGUUAAAUCACUUUUGUAUAUCUUAAGUGACUACAAUAGUGAGCCAGUGGUUUCUUCCUGGAAAUUUCUCAGAAUCCCACCCCCAUCUCUUCUGACGACUUCAGUGAAAUACUUACAU